CGCUAUAUUGAACGUAGAACAGAUGUUAAAUAAUAAUGGACUUUAAACUUGUUUUUAUUGCGUGAACUUCACCCCGGAAGAGCAUGACAGAGCCGAUUUCUGGGCUAGGUUGAGGUGAAUCUAUCAAACGAUCAAAAUCAUGUCUGUUAACAGGAGAAUAACGCUCAUUUUUGGAGGCUUCAUUGCAGCUGUUGCGGCGGCUUUUUAUCCUAUAUUUUUCCAUCCUCUCACUCACACUGAAGACUACAAGCAGAUCCAGAAGGAAAAUCGAGCUGGAAUCAAUCAAGCAGAUGUACAGCCUGUUGGUGUGAAGAUCUGGUCUGAUCCCUUCAAGCCAAAAUCGUGAUUCCGGUGUGUGAAGGAUUGCGUAUCUGAGGCAAAAACAAAAACUCUUGGCUACCAUGCCUCCAAAAAGACUUUAAGGAAGUAUGAAUCUUCUGUAUGGGAAUAUGACUCGAACUAGAAAGGUGGACACAUUCGUCGCUUUGUUUGUCAGCACUUAAAAAUAUUACGUCAUUAAUCACUUCUGAAUAUUUAAUAAGUGUUAAUAAAUGAUAUUUGUAUUCUGAAUAAAAGCUGUUCCUCAA